UCGCUCUGGUGAGUCUCAGCCUCAAGACUUCAUAACUCCUUUUACGACACUGAGUCUCAGACAGUCUCGGCGCCAGGUCCACUUUUCGGCAAAGUGACGUGGACGUCAACAGCAAUGGCGGAAGGAGAGGAGCUUCUGCCACUGUCAACGUCGGGCGGGGACAGCUGGGAAAAAGAUCUUGAAGAAGCCCUUGAAGCAGGAGGUUGUGAUCUUGAAACUUUGAGAAAUAUAAUUCAAGGGAGACCACUGCCCACUGAACUGAGGGCCAAGGUUUGGAAGAUUGCUCUGAACGUUGCAGGAAAAGGUGAUAGUUUGGCAUCAUGGGAUGGUAUUUUAGACUUGCCCGAGCAGAACACUAUUCAUAAAGAUUGUCUAGAGUUUAUUGAGCAGCUCUCAGUGCCAGAGGAGAAGGCAGCAGAAUUACUUCUGGAUAUUGAAUCCGUAAUUACUUUUUACUGUAAAUCACGCAAUGUUAAAUACAGCACGUCCCUGAGCUGGACUCAUCUACUGAAGCCUCUGGUGUGUCUCCAGCUGCCUCGCAGCGACCUCUACAACUGCUUUUAUGCCAUCAUGAAUAAGUAUAUUCCCAGGGAUUGUUCUCUGAAGGGGAGGCCAUUUCAUCUCUUCCGAUUACUCAUCCAGUACCACGAACCUGAGCUUUGUUCUUUUCUUGAUACAAAGAAAAUUACUCCAGACUCCUAUGCACUCCACUGGCUCGGGAGCCUUUUUGCACAUUUCUGUUCCAUCGAAGUCACCCAGGCGAUAUGGGAUGGAUAUCUACAGCAAGCGGAUCCAUUUUUUAUUUAUUUCUUAAUGUUAAUUAUCCUUGUUAAUUCAAAAGAAGUUAUUUUAGCACAAGAGUCUGACAGCAAAGAAGAAGUUAUCCACUUCUUGGAAAGUACUCCAUCCAGCUUGAAUCUGGAAGAUAUAGAAGAUCUCUUCUCUUUGGCUCAGUAUUACUGCAGUAAAACACCAGCUUCUUUUAGGAAGGAUAACCAUCAUCUCUUUGGUAGUACUCUGCUGGGAAUCAAGGAUGAUGAGGCAGAUUUGAGCCAGGCUCUGUGUCUGGCUGUUUCAGUGUCAGAGAUACUUCAAGCAAAUCAGCUACAAGGGGAAGGAGUCCGGUUCUUUGUGGUGGACUGCCGUCCUGCAGAACAGUAUAAUGCUGGGCAUUUGUCAACUGCAUUCCACUUAGACUCAGACCUGAUGCUCCAGAAUCCAUCCGAGUUUGCACAGUCAGUAAAGUCCUUGCUGGAAGCACAGAAGCAGUCCAUUGAGUCCGGCUCCAUAGCCGGUGGGGAGCACCUCUGUUUUAUGGGCAGCGGCAGAGAGGAGGAAGACAUGUAUAUGAACAUGGUCCUGGCCCACUUUUUACAGAAAAACAAAGAAUAUGUUAGUAUUGCCAGUGGAGGAUUUAUGGCCCUUCAGCAGCACCUGGCAGACAUAAACGUGGAGGGACCAGAAAGUGGAUAUGGCCAUUGGAUUGCCAGUACCUCAGGCUCAAGGAGCAGUAUUAGUUCCGUCGAUGGUGAAUCUUGUAAUGGCUCAAAUGAUAGAGGGAUGAAGUCCCUUGUAAAUAAAAUGACUGUGGCUCUAAAGACAAAAUCUGUUAAUGUCAGGGAAAAGGUCAUCAGCUUUAUUGAGAAUACAUCAACUCCUGUGGACCGAAUGUCUUUCAAUCUUCCUUGGCCAGACAGAUCAUGUACAGAGCGGCAUGUGAGCAGCAGUGACCGAGUGGGCAGGCCUUACCGAGGGGUGAAGCCUGUGUUCAGCAUUGGGGAUGAAGAGGAGUACGACACAGAUGAAAUCGACAGCUCGUCCAUGUCAGAUGAUGACAGGAAGGAAGUUGUAAACAUCCAGACCUGGAUCAACAAGCCAGACAUCAAGCAUCAUUUUCCCUGUAAAGAAGUCAAAGAGAGUGGACAUAUGUUUCCUAGUCAUCUGUUGGUUACUGCAACACAUAUGUACUGCUUAAGGGAAAUUCUUUCGAGGAAAGGACUGGCUUACAUCCAGUCUCGACAAGCACUAAAUUCUGUAGUUAAAAUUACGUCCAAAAAAAAACAUCCUGAGCUAAUUACCUUCAAGUAUGGAAACAGUAGUGCUUCUGGGAUAGAAAUCUUGGCUGUUGAAAGGUAUUUGAUCCCAAAUGCAGGAGAUGCUACCAGAGCCAUAAAACAGCAGAUCAUGAAAGUGUUGGAUGCGUUGGAAAGUUAAUGUAAAAGAAAAUUAUUUAAGUGAAAUUAAGGCAACCAAGAGAAACAUGAAAAUAUAUUUCCUGACUCAAUACUAACCAGAGAGACCCUUCAUUUGCUCAUAGGGGUGCCUGAGUAGAGGGUCUAAAUGCAAAUUAUUGUAAUCAAUCUUGGGAUGGGUACACUUUUUUAAAAAUUUCUUUUGCAUCUUUGGUUUUAUAAGGUGAUUUAUUAUAAAGGUCAGUUAUUAAAUGACCUUGAAGUAACUGGCCUUGUGCCCUAUGGAUCAAGGGUGCAGAAUGCAGUUCUGUUUUGAAGAGCUGUUUUAAGGGACAUGCAUAAUUUUCAGGUUUUAAAACAACUGUACACACACAUAUUUGCAAUGUCUUCACUGAAAUUUAGAGAUAGAAUUAGUUGGAGGGACUUAAUUGCUACAUUGAGUUUUUCUACAAUGAGCAAUACCAGAAGAUAAAAACGUAGAUUAAUAAUUAGCUCACUGUUUCUGUUCUUAAAAAGAUUGAAGUCUGUUUAAUGGAAUGGAUGGAGAUCAAUCAUAGCCAACCAAAAGAUAGCCCAUGGUGGCACACAGAAGCCUCAGCUUCACCCCAUCUUCACUCCAGUAGGUAAUUAUUUGAGACUAAUUGUCUCGGAGAUAGUGAACAUCAUCCCAGUGGUUGCUAAGGAACAGUUAACAGCAUUUAGAAGUAUGUAGGCAUGUUAAGGUUAAAGUUAGCAAUGGGGGAGAGAAUUGUAUCUGUAAAAUGACAUUUGGUCUAGGGUAUUUCAGAAUGCUUUGAACACACCGAUCACCCUCCUUGAGAUGACCACCUGUGACCACACUAAUGGCAAGUUUUAAAAAAGAGAAUCAGAGAGCUGUAGAAAUUUCAUUGUUUUCCUAUCACUUUCUAAAAAAAAUUUUUUUUUUGGUUUUGUCUGCUCAGUAAAACUCCAGUCAUUGAAACUACUUUUAUUCUUUUACUCUGAAAAAAUGGAAGUGGCCUUCUUUGUUUUGCAGCUUACUCAGAUUAGUUUCCAUGGCCCAUAUUAGUCACAUCUGCUGAGAGAGCCAGAACAUCUUUUGGACCAUGGGAUGAUUUUCACAAAAUCUGUUUGAAAAAUAGUAAAUACACCCUGCCAUUCAUAAAAUGUAAUAGAUUUUCUCUAGGGGUUUGGUUGAUAGAAAUAUCUAGAUGUACCUGACUAGUAGCCAGUUGUUUUAAUUUGCUUAAUGGAAAUCAAGUGAAUAAGAGAUAAUAUAAUUAAAAGAACUUUAUUCUGAUAUCUAAAUAAAAACAAUUUAUUUGAGUGGUUGAAGACAUUUGCAUGAAAUUGCACCUUGUGCAGUACUUGAUAUUUAUAACUCUUCCCCCAAACUGUUGUAUUUCAUUUUUUCCAUUUUCUUGAAACCCUCUUUGAAAUGUCCGAAGUCUCAUUUUUCAACCAUCUCAGCUAUGGGACUAUUUUUCAUAAUAUUAAUGUAAAGAUGUUUGUGUUACUGUUUAUAAAUUACAAUUGUAAAUAAACUGAUACAAGUUUGCUCAAAA